UUUUUAGAUGUGACUGCUGCUAGUUGCCGUAGCACAGCGGAAGUAGCGUGAAUACUGUGCGACCAACGCAUGUACGGAAGGUGAAAAACAUGAAAACUGACAAUUUGUGAGGAAAUUGAAGAAUACUUUCCCCGAAUUUGAGUAAACGUUCGCUGUUAUCUUCCGUUGCCGUGUGGGGAAUCUUGCUGAACGGGGAUGUUCCUCACGCUGUUGCGUCUCGGGAAGGGGAUCCCGGGGAAGCAGUGGAUCGGGAAGCACCGCCGGCCGAGAGUCGUCACCUGGCAGAUGAAGCGCAACGUGCUAGUGCGGCUGGAGAGGGAAGCGGAGAACGAGUACUGGCUGAGCCGGCCAUACAUGACGCCGGAGCAGGAGCACGGGCACUCCGCCGAGCGCCGGCGACACCGGUACCUGGACUUGAAGGCCGCCAAAACCGCCAACUUUCCUGAGCACAAAUACCUCGCGGACCACCUUAGCCACCUCAACGUCACCAAGAACUGGUCAAGUUAACGGAAAAACACCUGAAGAAAUGAGCACGGGAACAUCAGUGACGUUGAAUAGAUUGAUUAAAAUGUUACAUGGCAGGCAUUCGCUGAAUUUUGCAUCUAACAGGUGUGGUCAGACAUGCAGAUCUCGUUUUGAACCGAAGGCACACUGCGUCUUAGACCUUUGACCAUGUCAAAUUCCAGGUGUCACUUUCAAACAUAUUGAAAUUUUCAGUGAAAGUGAUAAAGCAUGUAUUUAUGGUAUAUUGAAAAUAAUGUGUGCAUUAUCAUCUUAAAUAAAAGUUGUGGUUAAUAGGA